CGCCUCUGUCAGUUCCUUUCUGUGAAAAGAGUCCAGCGGAGAAGUUGAAUCGAACCGCCUGUAACUUUUCAAACUCUUUAAAAGAUUACAAUGAGUGGACUUCAGGGACUCGCCCAGGAGAUGAUCUGGUUUGACAAGUUCAGAUACGACGAGGCGGAGAGGUGCUUCUAUGAGGGCAUGAAUGGCAUUCCCCAGACACCACAGGAAAGAGAUGCUAGUACCAUCCUGCAGGACAUUGCUAAAGCCCGACAGAAUAUUCAGCAAUCCCUAGCCAGAGUGAAGACCGCUCUGCAGGGCAAUAAAGGGCACUCUCGCUCUCAAAAACACCGGGAGAGGAAGAGCAGUCAGAAUGCCAGUAAGUCUGAGGAUCAGAGUGAGCUAGUCUCUCGUUUGAAGAGUCUGGAACUGGACAACAAGAAUCUGCACAACGUGGUAGAUGAUCUGAGAAGUAUGCUGUUGAAACUGGAGUCCAGGAUGGCCGUGCUGGAGAAGAGCCAAGCACCAGCUCCAAAAACAGCCCCCGUCACCAAGGCUGCUCCUCUGCAGAAGCCCAAGGUGGAGGAACAAAAUGGCGUUGAUGACGACGAUGAUGAUGAUAUCGACCUGUUUGGCAGUGAUGAGGAAGAUGAGGAGGCAGAGCGCAUCAAAGCGGAGAGGGUGAAGGAGUAUUCGGCGAGAAAAGCCAAAAAACCAGUUCUCAUCGCCAAAUCCUCUAUACUGCUCGACGUCAAACCUUGGGAUGAUGAGACCGAUAUGGCCAAACUGGAAGAGUGUGUGCGCUCCAUACAGCUGGAUGGGCUCCUGUGGGGAGCUUCUAAACUGGUUCCUGUCGGCUACGGCAUCAAAAAGCUUCAGAUCAACUGUGUGGUUGAAGACGAUAAAGUGGGAACAGACAUUCUGGAGGAGGAGAUCACCCAGUUUGAGGACUAUGUCCAGAGUGUUGACAUUGCUGCCUUCAAUAAGAUCUGAGCCUCUCAUGACCAAGAACCACCUCACACUGGGUUACUGCUGCUUUUAUAUCACGUUACCAAUAAACUGUUCAGCCACAUGAAGAAAAACA